GUGCUACAAGGUCCUAAUUCUUCCGAAUUGUGAAGAAUCCGGUGAAGUUCUGGUAUAUAAUUCUGCCGUGAAAGCGUCGGAAAAACUAACUGAGUAUUUUUAAUUAGCAAAGAGCUGCUGCUUCGAUCUACACAUUUCAAGAUGUCGGUUGCAUCAUCGAGAUUGAGCAGCGUAUCCUCAUUAUUGAAAAGUCCAGGUAUGAGAGCAAAAGUGGUCAAUCAAGCAAGCAAAGUAAGGUUCAAGCUACCAAAGAACCUUAAGGAUAUAUUGACAAACUUUGGAAGUGGCUUUGAUCAUAAACAGUAUGAGAAUUUAAUAGUCACUAUUCGAGAUGCAGAUAUGAAGGACCACGAACUUUUAGAACUAUUGACGGAAACGUGUAGUUGCAUCCCAUUGCUUGGUCCAACUCAUAAAUUGUUUGUAGAGGCAUUGUUAACUCCAAAUUGGACAUUCAGAUCGGUACAAGUAACAGAUGCUUACAAGGGGUUCUUGAUAGACCUAAUAUCUGCACACAACUACCACACUAAGCUUGUUAUAGACAAACUUGUUAAUCAAUUUAAGCCAGAGGAUAACGAUAGUGCGACUGAGUGGGAAUUUUCUAAAUCAAGAAAUAAAGAUCUAGAAAGAUUAAGGCAUGUGCACGACGUUUUGCAAAUGCUGAUCAGGAUAAUACCCAUGGCUACAGAUAUUCUUCUACAAUCACUGGUGGAAAAUUACCCCUACUUCAGACGCACGACCCAAAGUCAUGAGAUCUACAUAUACGCCCUUUUACAAAUAUUGGAUUACGCCCCACAUCUUAGAUCUGAUAUUCUUUCUCUCAUAAUCAAUAGGUUGAUCGUUUUAGACGUGAAUGUACCUCGUACUGAAAUAGAUGAAUACGAAGAUGAGGAAGACAUGGAUGAGACGGACAAAGGAAAUAUUGGUGUAUUUACAAUGGACGAGGUUUCACCAAAUGUAGCUAAGCACAAAAAGGAGACAGAGAUGCGAAGAAUGAAGCAUCCUGUUGCACACACGUUGGACGUGUGUAUGGAGCAGAUUCUACAAUACGUCUAUCACUGCUGCCAUGUUCAGGGCACGCUCGACUGGGAUACAUCGAAAAAUCUGUAUCACGUCAUUCUAAAAAUAUUUGAACAGAUAAUACUACCGACACAUGCCAGCCAUCACGUGCAGUUUAUUAUGUUUUACAUCUGUAGUUUCAAAUUGACGAUAUCUGAAGCUUUCGUAAAUUGGUUGUGGCGGAAAGUCUCCAAUCCAAAUGUUGCACCAAUUAUCCGGCAAUCUUCCGUCUCCUAUGUCGCUAGUCUACUGGCCAGAGCUACAUUCGUUGAUUUAGGAUUGCUGAAGGCAACUUUAUUCGAAAUGUCCUCAUGGAUACACAGUUACAUAAGUUCACAAGACAGCCUAGAGUGCGCCAAUAGUGACGUGAGGGUACACGCUGUGUUCUAUUCCGUCUGCCAAGCAAUGUUCUACGUGAUUGCUUUUAGGCAUAAGCACCUGGUUAACACCCGGAAAAAUCUGUUGUUCCUACAAAGCCUGAAUUUAACAAAAGUUAUAGCGUGUAAGUUGAAUCCAUUGAAAGUGUGUCAGUCGGCGGUAGUGCAGAACUUUGCUGCUGUGACGCGGACCUACCAGUUGGCUUAUUGCUACUCCAUAAUCGAACACAAUGCUCGAAGUAAUCUACCCAUCAUUCAGAGUAGCAACCGUGUCUCUUUAUGGCUGGACACUUUCUUCCCAUUCGAUCCUUACAUGCUGCUGAAAAGUGCCCCCCGGAUAAAUCCCAUUUAUAUGAUGUACCAAGGAGGUACAGUCGACGAGGAAUCUUGCCAGAUGGACAGCAGGAAUGAAAUUGAAGGAGACGAUUUUAUGGAUGAAACUCUUCCGUCUUUGUCCAGCUCUCACAAUGAUAUGGACGUCUUCUCGUAUGGGACAUCGCCUGGUUUUAUGCACCCUUGAGAACAACUGUAACCGAUUCGCAGGGCUGCUAAAUCAACGUUCUUAUGCAAUAUUACUCACACUAUCUACCGUGUAUCGCGUAUUUGAUACCUGUAAUCAUGAAUCGACGUUAUUAAAAUCUUCUAUUUAUUCGUUA